AUGGCGGAUGGCCCCAGGUGUCAGCGCAGAAAGCAAGCGAAUCCGCGACGGAAAAACGUGACAAACUACAGUCAUGUGACAGAGGCCAGCUCUGACUCCGACGAUGAGGACAAACUACACAUUGUUGAGGAGGACAGUAUUCCCGACGUUCCCGACUGCCAAGCCCAUGUUCCCGAGGGAACAAACACGCCAGCGCUGCAGCAGAAUGGUGAUGCCGACCUUCACAACGGACACGGUGAAAACGAUGGCAGUCCGGGACCUGAUGCCGUCAUAGAGGAAGUAACAGUCAAAGUGAAGGAGGAGUGUGUUUCUGAGGAAGAUGAUGCUGAAGAGGACCAGGAGGCUCAGCAGAAAAAACCAGCUGUUAUUUACCCAGAAGGCCAUGAUAAUGACCAGAACACGCCGGACAGAGGGGUCCACGAUGAGAACGGCACUCCGGACACGUUCUCCCAGCUGCACACCUGUCCGUACUGUUGCCGCGGUUACAAGCGCUACACCUCCCUGAAGGAACACAUUAAGCUCCGUCAUGAGAAAAAUGAAGAUAACUUCAGCUGCUCUCUCUGCAGCUACACCUUCACCUACCGCUCCCAGCUCGACCGACACAUGACCGCGCACAAGGCCGGUCGAGAACAGCGAAUCGCAGCUCAGUCUGGAGGGAACCGGAAGUUUACAUGCACAGAGUGCCUCAAGGCCUUUAAGUACAAGCAUCACCUUAAGGAACAUCUGCGCAUACACAGUGGAGAAAAGCCAUACCAGUGUUCCAACUGUAAGAAACGCUUCUCUCACUCUGGUUCCUACAGUUCACACAUUAGCAGUAAAAAGUGUGUUGGAGCGCCCCCUGUGGUCAACGGGCUGUCUCGGCCGUCGGGGGGCAAAGCUGCUGCGACCCCUUCCCAAAACGCUCCCUCUUGCCUGACGUCCGCCCCCACCACCCGAAUCCUCCUGCGGGAGAAGCCAGAUGGCAGCAAACCUCUGCAGGAGCAGCUUCCCGUAACGCAGAUCAAACAAGAGCCUGCCGAACACCAGCAGAAACCUGUUGUCAUAACAACCAGUCCCGCCCCCAUCUCCGCACCCUCCACCACAAACGGGGGUGUGACUCCAAUCCAGGUUGCCGCGCCCCAGGGCGUGGUCCAGACUUUGGUUCUGCCCACUGUUGGCCUGGUGCAGCCAAUCAGCAUCAACCUGAGUGACUUGCAGAACGUGUUAAAAGUCGCCAUGGACGGUAGUGCCACGCGACAGGUGCUGGCUAGCGCUAACAGCGCUACCUCUAAGGUUGUGACUGGUCAAACGCAGCCGAAAGCACAGGCCGUGAUCCUCCAAACGCAGCAACAGCCGCAAACACAGCUCAUCUCAGCCAUCUCCCUGCCUAUUCUGGACCAGGAUGGCACCACCAAAAUCAUCAUCAACUACAGCGUGGACCCUCAGCUCAGCACGGCCAAGACCGCCCCAGUUCAGCAGCCCAACGCAACAACACAGUCAAAUGUGACACAGGCAAGCCUAACACAGCCAAACCUAACCCAGCCAAACUCAACGCAGCCAAACUUGGCACAGGCAACCCUGAAACAGCUCAACGCCACACAGCUGAAAACAACACGGGCAAACCUAACACAGCCAAACUCAACACAGGCAAACCUGACGCAGCCAAACGUGCCACAACAAAUCAGACUGGUCCAAACUGGUCUGGCCCAGUCACGGCUGGCCCAGCCCGCAGUCUUCAUCCUGAAGAGGAGGGUGGAGCCCACGACAGUGCCCGUAAAACACACAGUCCCAGUCAACAGAACCACAGAACCAGACAGAACCUCAGAGCCCAACAGCACCCCGACUGAAAUGAAACCCACCACGCAGGUCACCUGUACACCUCAGGACCUGACCAAAGUGCUGAGAAUCAAAACUGAGCCGGAGUCACCAGUGGUUACAGACACUGACAGAAAGGUCAAUAUCCAGUCAGAAGAAGAGAGAGAUUUACUGACGCAGAAAAACGGAGAGGCACAAAUGAGUUCUGGUCCUGACUUGGUUCCGACCCAGUCCGGUGGCGACGAUUCAGAGUCCGGUGUGUCCUGUCUGCUGUGUGAUGACAGGCCUGGGGGCUUGGACAUACUCCACUCUCUGAGCCGCUGUCUCCACGGAAACGGCCGGGGUUCUAACGGCUCGUCCGAAUCCGUCUCCCUCUCCUCUCUUUUGGGACAGAACGGGGCGGGCUGCCCCUCGCUGGAGAGCCUCCUGGGUCUUCUGAAGGCCUACAGUCAGGACACGCAGCCCACCGAGGAGGAGCUCUCCCGGGUGGCCAAGUCUGUGGCCCUCCCUCUAGACGUGGUCAGGAGGUGGUACCACAGAAUGCGCUCAGGUCAGGUCUCGCUGCUGCCCCCCGGUGGCGUAGACAAGGCUCAGCAGGCAAACCCAGACGACCUCUCGCAUGACCUCAGCACCCUGUCUGAGGAUGGGGGCGGAGCCAGCCAGGCUGAGGACUCUCCCACCACACCAAACACCCACAGUGCCAAAUCCACACAGGAGGUGCCAGACCCCGACCCUGGGGCCUCCUCCUCUCCCAGUUCUCCUCUCAACCUCUCCUCUGCCGGCCUGGUCAUCGUAAAGACAGAGGAUUCAGAGGGGGAGGGACAGGCUGAACCACUGGACCUCUCGCUUCCCAAACCUGCGCAGGACCCGGCUGACCCCGUGGCGACGGUCGAAGUCAACGCCCAGACCGAACCGCUCAACCUCAGCUGUGCCCAGAAGCAGCCGUCGCCAGGCAGCAGCACCAUCUACCUGACGCAGCCGAGCUCCGCGCCUAUAAACAUCGUGGCGACGCAGAUCCCGACGCUGGUGGCCAUCGCCGAGCCGGGCACAGGAGUGCCCUGCAUCCGCGCCAUCUCCACCCACAAACGUGCCAUCCUCAUACCACAGCUCACAUACACCUAUACCACCAGUCCGUCUACUGGCAGUGCCACACCCGACACACCCAACACGGUCGUCCUCAACGGGUGCCAGGAGGAGAGGGUGGACACCAGCUCAGAGGGGGUGUCCGCGUUGGAGGAGCAGAAUGACUCAGACUCCUCCCCUGUGAGGAAGAAGAGGAAGACUCAGGGUGGCAUGUACGCCUGUGACCUGUGUGACAAAAUCUUUCAGAAGAGUAGCUCACUGCUGCGACACAAAUACGAACACACAGGGAGGCGUCCUCACGAGUGCGGAGUUUGCAACAAGGCCUUCAAACACAAACACCACCUGAUCGAGCACACGCGCCUGCACUCCGGGGAGAAGCCCUAUCAGUGUGACAAGUGUGGAAAGCGUUUCUCCCACUCCGGCUCAUACUCCCAACACAUGAACCACCGCUACUCCUACUGCAAGAAGGAGACGCACGGGCAGCCCGGCCACAGCACCCCUACGCCUCCUUCUCACGUCGACUCGGAUGAGAGGGAGAGUGAGGGAGAGGAAGAAGAGGAGGAAGAGGAGAGAGAAGGGGAAGACCUGUCCAUCUUGGACAUGGAGGACAUCCGAGUCGUACGGGUGGGAGAGGAGGGCAGCGAGGGAUAUGGAGAGGAGGACGGAGAGAACCAGGGGCUGGAGGAGGAGCAGGAGACAGCUGAAGGUAGGAGCGAAGAGGAGGUGGAGCAAACGGCCAGAGAAGAUGACUCCGAAGAGCAGGAGGUGAUGGAGGUACAACUAGGAGAUAUUCACACUCUGGGAGACGCUGGGGAAACUAUAGAAAUGGGUGACGCCAUGGCGACAGCAGAUACCAUGGAGACGGAGGGAAACCACGAGGAGGAAAACAACGAAGCUGCAGAUGGUUUGGACGAUGCUGAGACUGACAACAAGAGCGAAGAACCAGAGUGAGAUGAUUUUGUUGGCCUGAGUGAAAGAGCGACUGACGGAGAUCAAACAGGAGAAAAUGUCGUGUCCGUGGGCUCUGAUGCUGAAAACUGUGCUCAAGGUUUUUUGUUUUG